UUGUUGUUGUAAACACGUGCGUGGCUGUAUGCAUGAGCGGUGUGCAUCAGCUGUGGAAGAUCGGAUUCGUGUGCCGUAAAGUGUGGUGACUUUUAUUUAUCAGGGGCAGUAUUGCCAAGUGCCUAGGGAAUAAUGAUAACAUUUCUAAUGCGAAAUGACUAAGAGCAUGCAAAUAAUCCGAGACAUGGCAGAAAUGAGCAAAACUCGAAACCUGAACUAUACUGGUAAAUUAAUAUUGGCACCAAUGGUUAGAAUGGGAACUUUACCCAUGAGAUUACUGGCCCUUGACUACGGUGCUGAUAUUGUAUAUUGUGAAGAACUGAUAGAUUGGAAACUUUUGCGAGCUCUUCGAAGAGAGAAUGAUGUCCUGGGAACUGUUGAUUAUGUUGACAGUACUGAUGGCACUGUUAUAUUCCGAACAUGUGGAAAGGAAAGACAGAGUGUGGUACUUCAGGUUGGGACUUGCAGUGCAGAGAGAGCACUGAAGGUUGCACAGAUGGUGCAAAAUGAUGUUGCUGGUAUUGAUGUGAACAUGGGCUGUCCAAAGGAAUUCUCAGUGAAAGGUGGCAUGGGUGCAGCUCUUCUGUCAGAACCACAGAAGGCCUUUGACAUUCUGUCAACACUUGUGAAGAGUGUAAAUAUUCCGGUGACAUGCAAAAUACGUAUUCUACCUGAUCUGGAUGACACGUUGAAGCUUUGUGAAACUCUAGCAUCUAGUGGGAUAACAGCAAUUGCAGUGCAUGGUCGUACAAGAGAUGAAAGGCCACAGCAUUCCAAUCAUAAUGACUUCCUGAAGGCAAUUGCAGAACACUUAAAUAUACCUGUUAUUGCCAAUGGGGGUUCAAAGGAAAUGGACACAUACAAAGACAUUGAGAAUUUCUGGAAGGAAACUGGAUGCUCUAGUGUAAUGAUUGCAAGAGCUGCACAGUGGAACUGUUCUAUCUUUCGAAAAGAUGGUAAGCUGCCCCUGGAUGAUGUUAUACGUGCAUAUCUGAAGUAUGCUGUGGACUAUGACAAUUCACCUUCAAAUACAAAAUAUUGCGUUCAGAACAUGCUACGUGAACUUCAGGAAACUCCGCUCGGGAAGAAGUUCUUGGAAAUGCAAACCUUAGAUCAAAUCUGUUCACUCUGGGAUUUAAAGGAGUAUUGCUGCAAUAAACAAGCAGAAUAUAGACAACUUGGUUUAUUAACAAGAGAAGAUGUAGUUCCUUCUUCUUUGCAACCAGCUGCCAAAAAAAGGAAACUUUCAGAGGAAGAAGAAAACAUCACUGAAUGGAAAUGUGUAUUUAGGAGAAAUGAUUAUGCUUCUGACACAGAUUUACCAAAAACACGACUAUUAAUGUGGUCACGGAAACAAGGAUUGAAGCAACCCAUUUACAACACACAACAGGAAGAGAAGCUUUUCAAAUCAGUUGUCACAUUGAAUGGGAAGAAGUAUAGUUCAUCUUAUUGGGAAAAGAACAAAAGAAGAGCUGAACAGUCAGCAGCUCUUACUUGUUUGUGUGAGCUUGAAAUUGUGGAUGUUGCUGAAUUGGUGAAGAAUGGAAGUGUUCGGAAGAGCUGACACGUCCUCCAAAAUAGGAAGACCUUUAUUACCUCUCUAACUUCUGUAUUAUGAAUGUAAAUAUAUUAAAUUAUUGAUUUAAAUAGCCUGUCUCCAGACCCAGCUUUUCCUCAGACUGUAUAUGUACAUCCAUACAUUAUAUUAAAGGUGUAUUAAAGCAUUUGACUAUUCUCGAGCAUUUUAAAACAUUUGACUAUUCUGGAGCAGAGUUGAUGAUAAUUGUUUUUUAGUACCUUUUGCUAAAUCUUUUUGUCAUAUUUCCUACUGAUGUCUUUUCUAUGUUAUAAUAAAGAAUUUUUUCUGAGAAGCUAUUAAA